AUGCGUAUUCGCCUACAGCCUCACAGGGGACCACAAGGUAAGCGAUCCCCAGGUAAGCUGAAUAUUGCCUUGUUUUCUUUGCCCGCUCACCAUCUCCAUUUCAGCAAUGAGCUAGCUCAACGGCUGGACAACCUUCCUAUCGCUGCCGCUGACGACGCCACCAUUGCCGAGAACGUCUCCGUGGAAAACCGCUGGUGUCAACUGCGAGACACGGUCCAGUCGACGGCGCUUGCCGUGCUCCGUCACGCUACCCGCCAACACCAGGACUGGUUCGACGACAACGGCGCCGCCAUCAGAAAUACGCUUACUGAGAAGAACCGCUUUCACAAAGCCAAGGUAGAUCACCCCACUGAGGAUAACAAAGCUGCUUUCUACUGCAGUCGCCGCCAACUUCAGCAACGACUGCGCGAGAUGCAGGACGCCUGGAUUGCUCGCAAAGCUGAGGAGAUCCAAGGGUACGCGGACCGUAAUGAGUGGAAGAACUUCUUCUCUGUGAUCAAAGCUGUCUACGGUCCGCUGACAAAGGGCACUGCUCCUCUCCUCAGCGCUGACGGCAACACUCUCCUGACUGAGAAGACGCAAAUCCUACAGCGAUGGGCCGAGCAUUUCCGAGGCGUCCUCAACCGCCCCUCCAUCAUCUCCGACGCCGCCGUCGAGCGUUUGCCGCAAGUGGAGACCAACGUGGACCUCGACCUCCCGCCAUCUCUCCAGGAAACCAACAGGGCCGUGCAGCAGCUCUCCAGCGGGAAAGCACCCGGAUCGGACGCAAUCCCUGCUGAGGUCUACAAGCACGGAGGUCCCCUACUGAUGGAUCACCUGACUGCGCUCUUCCAAGAGAUGUGGCGUCAAGGUGAAAUGCCGCAAGAUUUUAAAGACGCAACCAUCGUCCAUCUCUACAAGCGCAAAUUGAAUCGCCAAGUCUGCGAAAAUCACCGUGGCAUCUCCUUGCUUAUCAUCGCCGGGAAGAUCUUCACUCGCAUCCUUCUCAACCGCCUCAAUAACCAUCUGAAAAAGGGCCUUCUGCCGGAAAGCAAAUGCGACUUCCGUCGUCAUCGUGGGACCACGGAUAUGAUCUUCGCCGCCCGUUAA